AUGGGCGCUGGAAGAUGGAUUCAGGCCGCCAUUAUGCUGGUGGCGGCAGUGGCAGUUUCCGCCUCAGCCAAGGGGGAGAAGGAGGAGGUGGACCUUAGAGUUGGCUUCCUUCAAGGUCCACAGGAGAUCGACCUUCUCAUGCCCAUGGAGAGUCAACAGGUCUCCGUGGUGGCCGCAACUGACCUCCACCCUUCCGCCCACUGCAUUCAAUAUUCAAAAUAUACAGGUUACGGAGGUGGAAAGGGUCACAAGGCCGACAAGGGAUACAAGGGCUCGUACCAUGACAAGGCCGGCUACAAGGGCCACAAGGGACAUAAAGCCAACAAGGGCUACAAAGGCAGCCACUACGGUGACCAUGGAAAGGCACACUACAAGGGAUACAAGGGCAACAAUGGCAAGAAGUACAAAGGGCAUCACGACAAGCACAAGUAUUACGGAGAUUCUCACAAAGGCAAAAAGGGCAAGAAAGGCCACCACUACGGAUCCAAGGGUCACCACAACAAAGGUCACAAAGACAAGGGCUUCAAGAACGUCUACCACAAGGAGGAGUACCACCACAACAAGAAGUUCUACGACGACAGCGACAAGAAGAAGUACCACAGCAAAUACGACGACUUCGACGCCUACUUCAAGGGCCACAAGGGCAAGGACUACAAGGGAGGCCACUACAAGGGGGGACAUCACCACGACAAGCACGGCCACAAGGGGCACCACGAGAAGGGCAAGUACCACGACGACCACAAGGGCCACAAGGGCCACUACGGCGACAAAGGACACUACGGCCACAAGAGUUCCUACGGCAAGAAGGGAGGACACAAGGGUUCGUAUGGCCACGACGACCACAAGGGAUAUGGCCACGACGACCACGGACACGGCGGUUAUGGCCAUGACGACCACGGUCAUGGUGGAUAUGGCCACGACGACCACGGCCAUGGUGGAUAUGGCCACGACGACCACGGUCACGGUGGAUACGGCCAUGACGACCACGGCCAUGGAUAUGGACCACGGGUGGAUAUGGCCACGACGACCACGGCCAUGGCGGAUAUGGCCAUGACGACCACGGCCAUGAUGGCCAUGCGGCCAUGGUGGAUAUGGCCACGACGACCACGGCCAAUGGCCACGACGACCACGGCCAUGGUGGAUAUGCCAUAUGGCCACGACCACGGCCUAUGGCCACGACGACCACGGCCAUGGCGGCGGCUAUGGCCACGACGACCACGGUGGCUACGGUUCCCACUCGAAGUUAAACAAGAAAGCAACUACAUCUAG